AUGGCUCUUCGGAGAGAAGUAUCCGCACGGUGAACAACAUGUUACUAGCAAAAGUAGUUGCAGAUGACCAAAGAAACUGAUACUUAUACGUAUCUUCGACGUGUUUUGCGUACAACACUGCGGUACAUAGCAGCAGCGGAUUGACGUCAAGUUAUUUAGAGUUCGGGAGGGAGCUUCGGUUUCCCAAUGAUCUCGUGAAGCCAGGUCAAAAUGAGAGACGUGUCGAAUCACACACGGAGUAUCCCUAGCAGCUACAGAACAGACUAUCAAAAGCAUUUCAAACCGCAAAUGACAUUCUUAAUUCGGCACACAAAACGUAGAAACAUUACUAAUAUGAUUGAUGAGCAAGGGCCAACAUUUACAAGGCAGGAGAUUUAGCGUUGUGGCUUGAUAGGAAAACCAGACGAGGAAGAUGCAUGGAGUUAAACAGACCAUGGACAUGCAGGACCGUGGAAGGUAAUCUAACGACUUGGAGAAGUUGUGUACCGGAUAAAGUACGAAAGAAGCGAGAAAGUUAGCGUCAAGAGACGAGAUGUCCACCACAAUCAAUUGAAACGGUUUCAUGACGUCCGAGAACCUGACACGGCGGAUAAUAGACCGUACGUGGAUCCAGAGGAAGAGGAGAACGACUUGGCAGAAACUGAUGAUGCAGUUGUAGUCAUUGAAGGUCCAGAUAUUGCUGCUCCAAUUGAAGACGUAGAACAAGAUAAUAAUAAUCCGGCCGAGCAACCUGAACCAACUAACGACAAUGAGAGACCACAUCGAGAACGAAGACCUCUAGAAUGGUUUGUUAACUAUGAUAUGAACUUUUAA